AUGACAAGAAAUUGUGCACAGCAACCUUUCCGCACAUUUCAUACUGCAGCCAUUGGUUUGCUUGUCCUUCGCAGCAAAAGCCUUACCAUGACCAGCAUGACCGGCAUGACUGACGGCCAGCAAAAGUGCCAAAGACGAUGCCUGGGCCUGAUGGUCCUGGUGCUGCUGUGUCAAGCCUUCGGCUCUUCCUUGGGCUUCCUGGGUGGACAGUUAGGUCAAGUCAGCCGGAGGUGUUUGGGUCGCCCUGAACACACGACUUUGGUACCUUCCAAUAUGGAUCACAUGGGAUCACGGGAGGCCAGCUCGGGCGGUUUUUUCUCGGAUCCUUUGGACGGCACACCCUAUGAGACCAAUGAAACCACUGGUGCACUGAUUCUGGCGGUGGCUGGUGCUGUGGUUGUGGUCUUCUUCUUGGGGCCCUUCUUGCAGUCAUAUUUUCAAACCAUCAGCACACCGUGA